AUGUCGUCCACCGCCCGUGUCAAGUCUUCCUCGCUCUGGGGCAAGUCCAAGGAUGACCUCGCGAAGCAACUCGAUGAGCUCAAGACUGAGUUGGGCCAACUCCGCGUCCAGAAGAUCGCUGGCGGUGCCUCAUCAAAACUCACCAGAAUCCACGACCUCCGCAAGUCGAUCGCCCGUGUCCUGACAGUCAUCAACGCCAACCAGCGCCACUCUCUGCGCCAAUUUUAUUCCAAGAAGAAGUACCUCCCUCUCGACCUCCGAGCCAAGCAGACCCGCGCCAUUCGCCGGAGAUUGAGCCCCAAGGACGCCAGCCGAGUGACCCAGAAGCAGAAGAAGCGGACGACACACUUCCCGGUGCGCAAGUACGCUGUCAAGGCUGAGGCUUGA